GGAUCAUAAGUUCUGAAUGCCUCGUCGGACUUCUCUGCUCUGAAGCGUCGCCACCAGCCUUUCCAUUGCCAUACUAGUAUCAUACCAACGGACCAGAUGAAUCACAUGGCCCGACGAGGAAGUACACCGUUACCCAUGUUCACCAACAGCAUCGACGAGAUUGUCCCCGAAUCGUCGAACGGCGCAACGACUACCCUUGCGCUGGCCUCUUCAAUUGCCAUGAGCAGCUGGUUGCGCUAUAAAGGGGGUUUCUUCAAAGGAUGGACAAUGUACUACUUUGUGCUAAGUCGUACGAACCAGUUGACGGCGUAUGCCACGGACGAGUACGAAGGCAAGGCGUGGAAAUUCCGUGUGCAAGCAAUGAUGGUGCAGCCUAAUCGGUCCGUGCAUUUGGGAUUCGUGGUCACGACGCUCAAAGACGGCGUCAUUGCAUUGGCCGCGACGAACGGGCAUGAGUACAAGCAGUGGAUUGAGGUGUUGUGUGAGAAGCAGCCGCUCCUGCAUCCGACGUUGACGCGGCAGGCGUUGGAGGCCCAAAACGCCCGAGACGCUGUGUCCGAGCGGGGGUCCCAUUCAACAGAGAUCUAUCUGUACGUUCCUACCGCCGUGAUUCCAUUACAAAGCGGACUUGUCGACCAAGCCAAGGACGAGAUAUUCACGCUGCAAAAGCACUUUGGGCAGAUUGUGCCGCAUCGAGGCAACGUCGACGACCCGUCGAUCCAUUGGCGCAUUAGCAAACCCGAGUAUGCGUUGCUCGACUUGUCUUUCUUGCAAGGCAAGACAUACAAUCACGUGCCGCAAUCCCUCGAAUGGAUGGUGCAGAACUUGAUGAAGAAAUGGGAAAUGGAAGUCAGCCACAAGGCCGACAUAGACCAGUGGACGACCGUCGACCCCGCCACGUUCAGUCUGAAAGUGAACAUGGGGCCUCCAGUGACCGCGUCCGACUUGCACACGAGUGGAAAGUACAACGGCCUGUUGUCCCAUUGUCCUCGCCAUGUGUACGAUGCGCACGGGUCGUCCAGGGGGCGGUCGUACUCGUCGUUUGCGUCGGCGUUCCCGGAUGGCUUUGCCUGGGAAGUGCUUCAAGUGUUUUCGGCGUUGCCGCGGGUAUCGUUUUCGUGGCGCCACUGGGGCCAUUGCACGGCCAGCGCAGACAAAACCUCGUCCGACUUGGUCGAGCUCACGGGGUUUGCGAUCGUCGAGAUCGACCCGAGUACGCGUAUCAACACCAUGGAGCUGUUCUUCAAACCCGAGCCGUUUCUCGACGCGUUGCGCCAAAAGAACUUCAGCGACGUCUCUGCGACGACGUCCACCCGCUCCCGCCGCGCGAGCGCCCCGCCUCCAGCGUUGGAGGACACAAUGAGAAGAGUGCCGCGGCGGUCCAUGCAAUUGGAACGACCUCCAUUGAACAUGUCGGACAACUCGGCGGCUAUUGUCGACGAGUUGCUCCGAUGCCCGCGGCAUAUCGCGGAUGUGGUCAGCACCAACGCACCACCGGUGCACCACAACGACUUUAUCAACACUCGAUAGCACGAUACAGAUUUUUCAAUAUUGUACAUCAUGAAUGAAUGCAUCCAACUGUGGGCAUGUUAGCCUGGUUCGGCACGCCUUGAUGGACAUGUGACCACUUUGCGCAGCUAAAACGAGGCAUUGUAUUGGUUAAUGCACAAAUUGCUUAUGCGCUA